AUGAGAUGUUCCGGUGAAGGGGGGGGCGGGCUCUCGAUCCAGGCAGCCUGGCUUCCGUUCGGCUGCGACUGUUUCCGACCUCCGCCUUUCCCUCUAGCGAGGAAGAGACAGGACUUCGUGCGCAUGCUCGGAAUCAUCCGCCGAGGGGCGGGGCCGCAACUGCGGGAGCAGGAUGGGGGGAAGAGAAGGGAAUUCCAACUUGUAGAACUUUGGGGGUCCUAUGGUCGGGUUCCUCCCGGCGGCUGUGGAUGGUGAAAGGGGCGGGGCCUUUGGAGGCUCGUGGGGGUGUUGGGGUUCGCAGGGUGAGGAAGGGGGUGUCAAGUGUGAGAGAGAGGUUCAGGAGUCCCAAACUUAGAACCUUGAGGCCCUCGGGGCUCAGGUCCGGGGACGGGGCGCUCCGGCCGUCAUGCGCGACAGGACCCAUGAGCUGAGGCAGGGGGACAACAGCUCGGAUGAUGAAGAUGAUGUUCGAGUCGCGUUGGUGGUGCACCCAGGUACCGCCCGGCUGGGCAGCCCGGACGACGAGUUCUUCCAGAAGGUCCAGACAAUUCGGCAAACUAUGGCCAAAUUGGAGAGUAAAGUCCGGGAGUUGGAGAAACAGCAGGUCACCAUUCUGGCCACGCCCCUUCCCGAGGAGAGCAUGAAGCAGGGCCUCCAGAACCUGCGCGAGGAGAUCAAACAGCUGGGGAGAGAGGUCCGGGCACAGCUAAAAGCCAUAGAGCCCCCGAAGGAAGAAGCUGAUGAGAAUUAUAACUCAGUCAACACAAGAAUGAAAAAAACCCAGCACGGGGUCCUGUCGCAGCAGUUUGUCGAGCUCAUCAACAAGUGCAACUCAAUGCAGUCGGAGUACCGCGAGAAGAACGUGGAGCGCAUCCGCAGGCAGCUGAGGAUCACCAAUGCUGGGAUGGUGUCUGAUGAGGAGCUGGAGCAGAUGCUGGACAGCGGGCAGAGUGAAGUGUUCGUGUCCAAUAUACUGAAGGACACACAGGUGACACGCCAGGCCCUGAAUGAGAUCUCGGCACGACACAGUGAGAUCCAGCAGCUGGAGCGCAGCAUCCGGGAGCUCCAUGAGAUCUUCACUUUUCUAGCGACCGAGGUGGAGAUGCAGGGGGAGAUGAUCAACCGGAUUGAGAAGAACAUCCUGAGCUCAGCAGACUAUGUGGAGCGUGGGCAAGAGCAUGUCAAGAUGGCCCUAGAGAACCAGAAGAAGGCGAGGAAGAAAAAAGUCAUGAUUGCCAUCUGUGUUUCUGUCACUGUGCUCAUCUUGGCGGUCAUCAUUGGCAUCACCAUAACCAUUGGAUAAUACCACAUGUUCUUGGCACUGGGAGAAGCAGAGACCCAGCCGUCUGUGGAGGCAGGGCAGGCCUCCAGCUGAACCCACUCUCACGCUUGCCCUGUGCAGAGGGCAUAUGGCUCUUGUGGGGCUGGCAGCUGCUCAUUCCUGGAGUCCUCCCCUUCACGCCACAAGGCCUGGGAGAGAGUUUGCAAUGUCCUGUCUGUCUGGGACACAUGGUUUUGUAAAAAAAUUAAAAAAAGAAAGAAAAAAAAAAA